AACAGUUUCCCCGUUCCUGAAAGACGUGUCCUUGAAAGCACAUUUGUUUGUCGACGAACUAGUUCCUGCGGACUCCUGCCAUUAUGAAUUCAAUGCAGCGACUUAUAUCCCAGACAGUGAAGCGCUUUUCGGCUGGAGGAGAGGCCCAUGGCCUUGAUGGCAUUCGUUCAGCUAUGUGCAGCUUGACACCGCGUGAUGUUGGACUGCUGGCGGGCCAGCCGCCCAUCCGUAGAGAGUCCUGUGGCUAUAUAGGCGUGGAUGACUCGCCGUUCUGUACCAUCUGUAUAUUUGUACUGAAAGAAGGUGCCAAGUUGCCCAUACACAGCCAUCCAGCAAUGACUGGCCUGUUGAAAGUCCUGUAUGGCCGUGUGAUCAUUAACAGCUACCAAGCACCCUGUGCCAACAAGACUUUAGCUAUUGGCCAGAACAUCAGAGCUACACUGGACUCCGUUUCAACUCUGACUGCUGACAAUGAGCCGAGUAUUGUCACCCCGACCACUGCUAAUGUCCAUGAAAUCCAUGCUCUAGAGAAUUCCGCGUUUUUGGAUGUCCUGGCUCCUCCAUACAAUGAUGAAGAUGACCGAUCGUGUGCAUACUUCAGGGACAUCUCACUGGGAGCGAUGGUGGCUGGUGCAGCAAGGACUCUGGAAGUAAUCCCACCGCCUAGAGAUUUCUGGACACAACCGAUGGAAUAUGAAGGCCUGCCACUUGCACCAUGAGUUUGAUACAUGUCGGAACCACCGCCCUUCUCGCCUCCAAUCAGCAUCAGCAGCUAUGGCGGCGGCCGCAUCGCGCUUGUCUUCGCUCUACUGGCCAUUAUUUAUUGUGCGUUGUACGCAUAGCCUGCCGUCGGUGGUGGUGGUGGUGGCUGGGUCAGUGAGCUUGGUCCUGGGGUACUAAUAUCCUUAGUGAGCUUGGUCCUGGGGUAUUAGUACCCGUCAACACAGCAUCGGUGAUGGCAAUGCUCUGCUGCCCAUCAUUUAUUACGCACUUUAGGUGUAGGCCACCGUCGGUGGUGGCUGGGUCAGUGAGCUUCGUCCUCCUAGUGAUAGUAGCCGUCAACCCGGCAUCCGUGAUGGCAAUGCUCUUGUCUAAACUUCACGCCAUCGCGCUCUGGCCCGGCGGCCACAGCAGCGGCCAGUACGGGGAACUGCAGUUCUCAGGCGGAGUCCGAGAGCAGCUCCAGGUGCAGCGUCGCCAGUGCUCAGACUUGUAGUGAAGACCAGCACUCAGCAGCAGCAACAGAAACACCACCAGCACAAGCAGCAAUACCACCAGCAGCAGCACAAGCAGCAACACCAGCACCAGCGGGAGGAGGAGCAGCAGCAACACCACCACCGCCGCCGCCACCAUCAGCAACAGUGCCACCACCAGCACCAGCACUAACAGCAACACCUCCACCAUCGCCACCAUCAACGGCAGCAGCAGUGCCAUCACAGUCCCAUGUUGACGAACGUAGCCUAGUGAGGAGUUUGGAUUGUUUGGAGCUUCCUCACCGGCAGCGUGACAUCAGCAACACCCAAGCAUGCAACCCCCGGAGUUUAAUCAGUUCUUGUGGCCGAGUAACCCACAAACGCGUGUGUGUGCGUGUGUGUGGCAUGAAGACUAUGUUGUGCUUGAACAAACAAGGCUGCUCUUACCAGUAACACGAAUUGUACUGGCCUGUUGCCGUUCAUCUCUGCUGCUGCUCACGUUCCACUACGUCGGGAAUGUCGUGUGUCUGUGCACUAGCCUGUGGUGGAGUUGUGUCAACCUCUGCAUCUGUAAAGCAUGUUUCUAGGGAAACAGCGCUGCAUCAAUGCCUGGACACAUUUGCUCCGGUGUCUGUUGUGCAGAUAGCCUGGCCUGAUACGCAGGCAUGCAUGCGUGUGUGUGUGUGUGUGUGUGUGUGUGUGUGUAUCCGUUACCCGUGUUUAAAUUAAUAGCUAGUUGCCAAAAAGCCGGGCAUCGGAAACAUAGUGACACCAUUACAUGUCAUAAUUAUAUUAUCAUGUUUGUUUUAGAGCCCUGUUUCGCUGAAGUUUCUUCAAGAAACUAUAAUUCUUUUGUGAAUUUUGGCAUGAUCGUAAGUUUGAAGUGGUUACUUGCAGAGCAUCAUCAAUCACUAUCAUUCUGAAGAAGACAAUCGUUAUAUUUAUCAGUAUCUAUCA